UGUACCUGUUACAACGCACAGGCAAUUUCCUAGUCAAUAACAAAAAAGGGGGUGAGAUCACAAUUCAAGAGAUAUUUUCGGCCAUGACCCGGAUUCGCCGUCGCCGAGUUGCAAUAGUUUUGUCCCCGAGCCAUUGCAAUGACCCACUCGGCCACGGGCCUCUUGACCGACUGCAGCGUCAAAUCGCCACUGCAAUCUAGCGGCCUCACCUCUGCCGCGAUAAACUGGCCAGGCUGUGUCUCCUCUUUCCCCAAGCAGAGAGCUGCCCUGCGACUCCGGCCUGCAUCCGUCGAACCGCCGCCAGAGAAGCUGCCCCGCGCCUCCAGGCUUGUGUCCGUCGGGCUGCUGCCUGCUGAACUGGCCGCAGCCGCGCCUCUCCAACCCGCCAGCAGAAUCGCCAUGGUGUUAUUUUUGUGUAGAAAUAAAAGUUCUCGGAAUGACCUGAAAAUCAACGGAGCCCUGUGCUUCACUUGCUGCGGUCGCUCUGUUCCAACCUCGCCGGUUGUGACCCGCCUCCAGGUUGCUUGCAUCGUCCACAGUCCGGCCCAGUUUCCGCCUUGACCUGCCUCUGCCAGAUCACCACGGGCCGCCGUGGUUUCGGCUCGCUUUAGCAGCAAGUCGUGCAUCUCCGUCGAUCUGCGGUAGAUACAUCAAGCCGCUUAGUGAUACGUCUCCGUCGUAUCUAUUUUUCCAAACACUUUUGCCUUUGUUUUGGACUCUAACUUACAUGAUUUGAAUGGAACUAACCCAGACUAACACUG